ACGGCUUGCCGCCCACUUCGUCUAGCACAGUGGGCUUGCCAUCAAUCUUGCAGUAAACCUCGUCACUGCGAAUCCGCAUGUAGUACUCAUGGAUGGCGGCAUGAGCGAGAGUCCACUUCUUUGCAAAAACAAACUGGUAACCUCUUGCGAUCGCGGCCACGACGAACAGAUCCGCCAGGGUCAAAACGUCGCCCACAAGGUAUUGACGCCCUGUGACUGCCUUCUCGACUACCUGCACCAUGGCUUCACUGUUCUUCUCUGCAGCAGCCAGAAUCUCGGGAGAAGAAGCUGCUUUCCCAACCACAGGGUUAAUCCAAGCCAUGAUCGGAGGCAGAAGCUCGCUGUUUGCAAAGGACGCCCAUCUGCGGCCAAGCCACGGCAAUGCAUUCGAAUAUGCAGUAGCCAUUUGGUCUCUCCAAUGCAGGGACUUUGCCUGUGGGGAAUUUGGCCAGAAAGUCGGCGCCCACGCCUCCUUUGCUUGGGUCCACCUUGAUUGGCCACGCUUCGACGUACUCGACGUCCAGUCUACCGUACAUUAGAAGGUUAUUCCUUUGGAGAGGAGAUAUCUGUGUCGUUCCCACUCACUUGUUGUAUUCUGCCACAUACAGGCACAUAGUUGCCCUGGGUGCUUUGGGAUAAUAGUAUAGUUUGCCGAAAGACAUGAUGAGGGUUUGUUGACCAGGGGCUUGACGUAGAGAAUGCCAUUCAACACUGACGGCCAAUCCAUAACCACGAUAUAUAUAUCAGCUUGUAUUUACUUUGAUGGAACAUUGAGCAUAUGCGGCCACAGAGUUGGCUUCACCUCGGUGGAUACCGCUAGUGGUGGAGCUCCUCCCUGUGGCAGAGUGACCCCUUGCGGACGUGCUUCCACCAGCUCGGUCUUCUUCGGAGCGGCCUUCGAAGCGCGUACGUGCAGGAGAAGACCGUUUAUCCUGGAGCUCACGACACCACGUUGACAGAGAGUGGUAAUUUGUGAAUGAGAUUGUUCUGAAGUGUGUUCUAAAGUACUACACACCAACUUAAGUGAACGCAAGACUUGCACAAUUCGUACCUUUCUGUUACCAGCGGGAUGUCUCAACCACAACUGGGAUGGAUUGGCCUGGGGUCAAUGGGUAUUGGCAUGGCCACGAACCUGCACAAAUACUUGCAGGCAUCGUCAGAACCGCCUCUGCUGUACACAAACCGCACGCUUUCAAGAGGUGAAGCCUUAGCUGCGUUGGGUGCCAAGCCCAUCGACUCGGUCAAAGAACUGGCGAGCAAGAGCGACAUCAUAUUUUCCUGCAUCAGCAAUGACAAAGUCCUUGAAGACACUGCCGGCGAGAUCCUAUCUUCGGGCAGCGUCAAGGGCAAGAUAUACGUCGACUGCUCUACCGUCCACCCGAGCACAUCAGCCAAAGUUGCGGCGAGGUUUGCCGAGGCAGGCGGCUACUUUAUAGCUGCCCCAGUGUUUGGCGCAAGCCCCAUGGCUGCAGCCGGCAAACUGAUUUUCGUGACGGCUGGACCAGAGAGUGCUGUCCAGCGCAUUGCUCCGUAUCUCAAGGCAAUGGGUCGCUCCAUUAUUCCGAUGGGUGAGGAUGUGCAAAAGUCCAGCCUCCUGAAGAUCGCUGGAAACAUCUGCGUCAUCUCAUUCAUGGAAGUGAUUUCAGAGGCGCAUGUAUUCGCCGAGAAGACUGGCUUAGGAAGUCCGGUGCUGGAGACCAUGAUUGGCGAUAUGUUCGGGCCAGUAUUGGAAUCGUACUCCAAGCGUCUGACCACGGGAGCUUAUGCUCCACCUGCUGGAAAGGCAGGUUUUGAUGUCAGCCUCGCGAUGAAGGAUUUGCGCCACGCCCUGAGCUGCGCGAAAGAAGUAGGUGCCAAGCUCGAGGUUGGCGAGAUUGCUCUGAAGCAUAUGGAGGCAGCGGUAGCAAGUCCCGAGACUCGUGGACGAGCGCUCGAUUCGAGUAGUAUGUAUGGCACGAUUCGGAAAGAAGCCGGCCUCGACUUCUUUACAGAGCAAUGUAAAUAGUCAAGCUCUCGUGAUGAGCACGAUGUAUUUCGAAUAUUGGAAUCAAGACCACGAGAAUAUGCAUUUGUCAAGGCUUCAGGAAAGGAGAAAUCGAGAGGGAGCUGGACACAGGCAGCUCCUGAGGCCGCGGCUAGGCUUGCCAGCCGUAGCAGUAUCAAGGCCGUAAACCAUCUGCAAAGAUAUCCCAAUACCUGCCUUCCACUCUUGCCAAUCGCAACAGAGUAUACAACAAGU